UCUUCAACCUUCAUCUAUUCAAUCCUUAAUGAUCAAUGGUCUCCUUUUCUCUGUCUUAUAGAUCUCCUCUUGGAAGACUAUGUAACGAAAGAUAACGAUCUCAAUCGUCUUCAGUGGAGAGAGAAGAGAGAGGUCGGCAGCGAGUGCGCCAUUGCGGUCCGUUCACUUCUGGUCACCGCGAGAGCCGUGGCAAGUGAGACGAACGCGUGGGUAGGCUGUCGAAGCCGAAGGCACAGCCCCCGUCCCCGCUUCCCUCUCCUGCACCCCGCGGCUCUUCUCGCUGCUCCCCAAAAAGCUCCGAGGAACCUCAGACCUCAUCUUCCCAUCGCUAAGUGUUCGAUCACGAGUCACGUCCACCCAUCUCCUUCGCCCAGCAGACACAACAUUUGCCGUUGCAGAAACGGACGAGCUUUUCUUUCAUGCAUAGCUUUGAUGCGCAUCGCUGUUUUGCAUGCCAACUCUGAGCUUCUUCUCUGUGUCUGUUCCUUUCUGCUGCUUUUGCACGGCUUCAGUGGAUCACUGAACGCUUAAUCGUAUCGUUAAAGAUGGGAUUUUUAACGCGGGACUCCAUCGCUUGCCUCUGCGCCGCCGUCUUGGUUGUCUUCCUCGUCUCUCCCCCUUCGGCGGCCCAACCGCUGUCCCCAUCCCAGUACAAGACGCUCCUCCGCCUCCAGCGCCUCUUGGAGUACCAGCCGCCGCUCGCCGGCUGGUCCAACGCCACCGCCUUGUGCUACCUCCCCGCCUCCCUCUCCCUCUCCAUCUCCUGCUCCGGUGGCCGCGUUACCGGACUCUCCAUCGUCGGCGUCGCCGACCGGCCCCUGUCAGCCAACUUCUCCUCCGAUUCCUUAUUCACCACCCUCGCCAGGCUCUCCGGCCUCACCACCCUCUCCCUCGUCUCCCUCGGCCUCUGGGGGCCGCUCCCCGGCAAGGUGGACCGCUUCUCCUCGCUCCAAGUCCUCAACUUGAGCUCCAAUUACUUCUCGGGGCCGAUCCCACCGGCGAUUUCCAACAUCACCAGCCUCCAAAAUCUCUGCUUGACCGGGAACUCCUUCAACGGGACGGUUCCUGACCUCAGCCCCUUGACGACUCUCACCGAACUGGACUUGUCGGGGAAUCACCUCGGGCCAGAAUUCCCCUAUGUGAGCAGUAGCCUUGUCAGCUUACUCCUUCAAAACAACAGCUUCCAAGACCGUCUCCCGCCUCGACUCGCAUCCUUCGGCCACCUCCAGAAGCUGGAUUUGUCUUCCAAUCAUCUCCAUGGAUGGAUUCCUGCGUUCUUGUUCUCGUUACCGUCAAUGCAGUACCUCGACUUGUCUGGCAACAGGAUGACGGGAGAAGUUCCGGCGAAUUCGUCCUGCGGCAGCAAGCUCGCAUACGUUGACAUCUCAGACAAUCUUUUGGUGGGAGGCCUGCCUUCAUGCAUCCAAGCGAAUUCCUCGAACCGAGUAGUACUCAGCUCAGGGAACUGCUUGAAUUCAGAUGAUUUCGAGCUCCAGCAUCCGAAUUCUUACUGCAAUCAAGGCGCGAUGGCCGCGAUUUUGCCUUCGGCAAAUAAAAUCAGUGGAUCCAAGAGCAAGCUGGGCCUUAUACUUGGCAUUGUUGGGGGAGUCGUCGCUGGUGCAGUGCUGAUUGGAUUACUGGUCUUCUUGCUGUUUAGGAAGAUAAGAACAGAGGAUGCAGAGGUCAGCACCUUUCACACACCCACUGCAGGGAAAUCUCUUAUGCAGGUUGCGCCAAGAAGUACAGCUGAAGCAAGGCACAUGUCUCAUGCAAUGCGGAUAGGGACUCUUGGGCUAAUGCCGUAUCAUGUUUUCAGUAUGGAGGAGCUUGAAGAAGCGACUGAUAGUUUCGAUUCAUUAAACUUGAUCGAAGAUGGUCCUCGAGGACAGUCUUACAAAGGUUGGCUCCGGGAUGGCUCUUGCAUCGUCGUUAGAUGCCUGAAAUUGAAACAAAAACUUUCACGACAGAGCCUACUUCAGUAUAUGGAAAUUGUCUCGAAGCUCAGGCACCGUCAUUUAGUCAGCAUUGUCGGACAUUGCAUUGUUAGCAGCCAGGAUGGUGCUAACACUAUGGAUACCAUCUUUCUUGUAUCUGAGUACAUCAAUAGUGGAACUCUGAGAGAUCAACUUAGUGAAUGGAGAGAGCACGAAACAAUGAAAUGGCCGCAAAGAGUGUCAGCUGUUAUUGGAGUUGCAAGGGGAAUCCAAUUCUUACAUACUGUUGCAGUUCCUGGUAUUGUUGGAAAUGAUCUUAACAUGGAUAAUAUAUUGUUGGAUCAAACUCUCACCGCGAAGAUUCGCAAUUACAAUCUUCCAACACUUCCAAAUUUCAAAAAUAACAGGGUAGGCUGUGACAUCCCUUUGACUAAUGCAGCCGAUAAGGGAGAUCUUGGCAGUGUCGAGAAUGGUGAAAAAGAAGAUAUUUAUCAGCUUGGGCUCAUUCUUUUAGAGGUUAUCACAGGGAAAUCAGCAGGGUCUAAAAAUGAGUUAGAUUCUCUCAGGCAUAAGCUUCAGAAAAUUUUAGUAGAAAACCCAGCAAACCUGAAAGGACUCACGGACCCUGCAAUUCGCAAAAGUUCUGCUCUCGACUCCUUAAGAACAGCAGUGGAAAUAUCCCUCAGUUGUACAUCCAGAGAUCCUAAGCAGCGCCCAUCGAUCGAUGAUGUACUAUGGAACUUGCAAUACUCUGUGCAGGUCCAAGAUGGCUGGACAAGCAGUGAAAGGUUAGACAUCCAAAUCUAGUUCCGGAACUGACUUCCUACUCUUCAUUCUCCGGUGGUGAUACAAAAAACUUGGUGCUAUCUGAAAUCACAGUGGUAUGAUGAUUUGUAUAUUCACAUGAGCAACUUUAUAUACAAAAUAAGAUUGCAUUUGUACAUUAUGCGAUCAAGUUGUUCAAAUAUAUGAGAGCUUUGCUGAAGGUAUACAUUAUAGCAUUCUGUAUCUCAAGUGCAGUUCAAAAGUGUUCUUACCAUGGAGUAAGGUCACUAGAAUCAUUUCUUUUAUAUGCAUUAGCAAAACAAUAUAAUCAUGAA